CCCGCUCCGCCAUCCGCCAUGGACGGCUCCACCGCAUCGUCGUCGUCGGCGCUGUACGUGCCCGCGCCGCUGCCGCCCGCCGAGGUGCUGCCGUCUGUAGCGCUCAACGGCGCCGCCGACCUGCUGCCGCGCUUCGGCCUGCUGCCUCUCUACGAGCGCGCCGUGCGCCCGUAUCUGCCGCGCCGCCGUGCGCCGCCGGGCGCCGACGGGGCCAGUGCGCAGCAGGCGCACGCCGAUGACGCGGCCGGCGACGAGACACUGCCGCUCGACGGCGACGAGCGGCGCGCCGACGGCGAGCCGCCGGUGCGUCUGCUGCCCAAGACGUACGCGCACUACGUCGAGGACCUGCCCGGCAAGGUGCGCCCGCCAAAGUCGAAGCGCACGCAGCGCGCGCCGCCGACGGGCACGACGAUGCGCGACAUCGUCUUCCGGCCCGAGACGACGCUGCAGCGCAUCGUGCCUUUCGACGACGAGGCGCUGCGCGCCGCCUUUGCCGUGCGCGCCGGCGACGUGCCCGAGAUCGACGCCUCGCUGCUCGAGGCCGAUGCCGAGGACGCGGGCAACCGGCGCCGGAAGAAGCCAAAGCGCAAGCGUGGCGACAUGGGCAAUACCAGCAUCGACGGGCCGCGCAAGGGCGGCCCAGGCCCGGGCGGAGCGCGGCGAUGAGCCCGCUGCCUCGCUCGAGCCCCUGCACAUCACUCUUCUCGUCAUCUGUACAACACUUCAUGCUCCGCAAUCCAGCUCUCACG